AGGUCCGCCCCGUCUUGUUCGCUCGGUUGCCGUUGGCCGACAGAAACUUUCCUUCCUCUUUGGACCCACUCCCAUCUGAGAAAAGGAUCCGUUCUCGGUGGUGUGGCAGCCGGGAGGUCCACUGUAGCAAAAGGAGUAAUCUCUGCUCUCUUUUCCGAUCGGCAUCCUAGUGCCCCUUGUUGAAAUCAAUGACCAGGGUUUCAGGGGUUCUUCAACAGUUCGCUCGAUGUCGAGGUCGUCUGUAGAUCCUCCGUGACGUCGAGCGGAUACGACGCGAUGUUUGGAUCGAAGAAAGUUGACGAUGAGAUGGAGCUCAAGAAGGAGAGAACCGUAAGGUUCAAUCCUGAUGAGAUGCAAAACCCAGUCAAACCCACCUAUCGGGUGGCAAAACCUGGAGGACUUGUAACGAGCAAAAUUAGUAGUGUGAGUUCUGGAAAGUCCAAGGUUUUUGCCGAGGAUCAUGAGCCAUGGAGGAAGCGGAUGCUUGAUCCAGGAAGUGACCUUGUUUUAAAAUGGAACCGGGUUUUCCUCAUCUCAUGCUUGGUCGCUCUUUUUAUAGAUCCUCUGUAUUUCUAUUUGCCUUCCAUCAGUAAGGGCGAUAAAACUUCAUGUAUUAGGAUGGACCAUCAUCUGAGCAUCAUUGUUACCUUUUUCCGGACACUUGCUGAUUUAUUCUAUGUACUGCACAUGGCUAUAAAGUUUCGUACUGCUUACGUAGCCCCAAGCUCCAGGGUGUUUGGGCGGGGAGAGCUUGUCAUGAAUCCUAAGAAGAUUGCCAGGAGAUAUUUGAGAUCUGAUUUUUUUGUAGACCUGGCAGCUGCAUUGCCUCUACCGCAGAUUGUUAUUUGGCUAGUGAUACCAGCAAUUAGAAACUCAAGGGCUGAUCAUAAUAAUAAUGCUCUUGCUCUGAUUGUUCUGAUUCAAUAUAUUCCAAGAUUAUAUCUCAUAUUUCCUCUAAGCUACCAAAUUAUUAAGGCAACUGGAGUUGUUACAAAGACCGCCUGGGCAGGAGCUGCUUACAAUCUACUACUUUACAUGAUAGCUAGCCACGUUUUAGGAGCAUCAUGGUACUUGCUGUCAGUUGAACGACUGACAACAUGUUGGAAAUCAGAAUGCAAGAAGGAGAAUGGCACUAUGGAUACACCAUUAUGUGAUCCUAAGUUUCUAGAUUGUGAUUCUUCAAGACAAAGCAAUCGACAAAUUUGGACAACUAACACAACUGUUUUUACAAAUUGUGAUGCUAGUAAUUCUGCUAUUUCUUUCAACUUCGGUAUUUUUUCAGCUGCAUUAACCAAUGAUGCUGUCUCCUCGGGGUUCAUCAGGAAAUAUUUCUAUUGUCUUUGGUGGGGUUUGCAAAAUUUGAGCUCAUAUGGUCAGACUUUGACUACAAGCACCUUCAUCGGGGAGACGUUGUUUGCUAUACUCAUCGCUAUUCUUGGUCUUGUCUUAUUUGCACAUUUAAUUGGAAAUAUGCAGACAUAUCUGCAAUCUGUAACUGUAAGGCUUGAAGAGUGGAGGCUAAAGCGAAGAGACACUGAAGAGUGGAUGAGACAUCGCCAACUUCCUCAUGAUCUGCAGGAACGAGUCAGGCGUUUUGUUCAAUAUAAGUGGCUCGCAACGCGAGGUGUGGACGAAGAAUCUAUAUUGCGAGCCUUACCUGCAGACCUUCGACGAGAUAUUCAAUGUCACCUCUGCCUGGACCUUGUUCGACGGGUCCCUUUUUUCUCGCAAAUGGAUGAUCAGCUUCUUGAUGCCAUAUGUGAACGUCUGGUAUCCUCCUUGAGCACUGAAGGUACCUACAUUGUCCGUGAGGGUGACCCUGUGACAGAAAUGCUCUUUAUCAUUCGUGGCAGAUUAGAAAGCUCUACUACCAAUGGGGGCCGGACAGGUUUCUUUAAUUCCAUAGCUUUGAGACCUGGUGACUUCUGUGGUGAGGAACUGCUUGCAUGGGCUCUGCUUCCGAAGUCCACUGUCAACUUGCCUUCCUCCACUCGGACUGUUAGAGCCCUUGUCGAAGUGGAGGCCUUUGCACUCCGAGCAGAAGACCUAAAAUUUGUUGCCAACCAAUUUAGGCGGCUUCACAGCAAGAAAUUACAGCACACAUUCCGCUUCUAUUCCCAACAUUGGAGAACAUGGGCUGCUUGCUUCAUUCAAGCAGCCUGGCAUCGUUUCAAGAGGAGAAAGAUGGCAAUGGAUCUGAACAUGAGGGAGUCAUUCUCCUUCCAGUCAGAUGAACAGGCUGCUGAUGAGUCAGGACAGGAGGAAGAGCACAGCAACUCAAGCUCCAUUAAUCCUUCUCAGCCUAAACAGAAUCUUGGGGUGACAAUUCUGGCUUCAAAAUUUGCUGCCAGCACAAGAAAAGGAGUUCAGAAGAUCAAGGGCAUUGAUAUGCCCAAGUUACAGAAACCAGAUGAGCCUGACUUCUCUGCAGACCCAUAUGAUUAGUGGCUGUUAAUAUUUAUUAUGGUGGCUGGUGCUGCUUGUGUUACUGAAUCCCCCGCAGCAUGAAGGGUUGCUCGGAAAGGAUUCUACCUUGUAUAUUGUUGGGUUUAUUGGAUCCAAAUCUCCAUCCAAAUAGUUGUUUCUCUGCAACUCCUGUCAUGUGGUUUACUAGUUGAAGCAACAGGAGAUGCUUUCUGAUAGCAAUGGUGUUAUUGUAUUCUAUCAGCAGGUCUGCAAUUGUUAUAAGUUCCGGUUCCCUCACAUUGUACAAUCUAGGUGUAUUUAUCACAACAAACAUCAUUUCCCGUUAAAAAAUUGCAUUCUCUUGUCUCACUUCGAGAUAUGCAGCUGGCACUGUAACUUGUAGCUGUUGUUUGAGAAUAGGAACUUCUUUUGUUCGGUGUUGAUUUGAAUUAGUGAAGUAAACAACCUGGAAAAUUGGAUGUUA